CUUCCCCGCAGAAGUGACUUAUACUUCGAAGAGAGAAAAGGGGUUCGAUCCCCGUUUGCUCCCCAGCCAGGAAGGCCGGAUUUUUGGGGGAGACCCCGCGUGGCGAGGCCUGGGCCUAGGCCGAAGAGCGGCCCCUCCAUCCGCCGCGAGAGGCUUCCUAGCCGGGCGAAGAGCGGAGAAGAGGCUCGGCGGCUGCCGGUUUUUUCGCGGGGGGACCUUGGCCGGCUGCGAGGGGAGGCAGGAGGAGACGUCGCCACCAUGUUUUCUUUCAACAUGUUUGACCACCCCAUUCCCCGCGUCUUCCAGAACCGCUUCUCCACCCAAUACCGCUGUUUCUCCGUCUCCAUGCUUGCUGGCCCUAAUGACCGAUCCGAUGUAGAGAAGGGCGGAAAAAUAAUUAUGCCACCCUCUGCCUUGGAUCAACUCAGUCGGCUUAAUAUCACCUACCCGAUGUUGUUUAAACUGACGAAUAAAAAUUCGGACCGGAUGACCCAUUGUGGCGUGCUGGAAUUUGUGGCUGAUGAAGGCAUCUGUUACCUGCCACACUGGAUGAUGCAGAAUCUUCUCCUGGAGGAAGGAGGGCUGGUCCAGGUGGAAAGCGUCAACCUCCAAGUAGCCACCUACUCCAAAUUUCAGCCGCAGAGUCCCGAUUUUCUCGACAUCACCAACCCCAAAGCUGUAUUGGAAAACGCGCUCCGGAAUUUUGCCUGCCUCACCACUGGAGACGUCAUCGCCAUCAACUACAACGAGAAGAUCUAUGAACUUCGAGUCAUGGAGACCAAGCCAGACAAAGCUGUGUCCAUCAUUGAAUGUGACAUGAAUGUGGACUUCGAUGCACCUUUGGGUUACAAAGAACCCGAGAGACAAGCGCCUCACGAGGAGUCUGCUGAUGUUGAAGCCGAUCACAGCGGUUAUGUGAGUGAUCUGGGAUUCCGUGCGUUUUCUGGAUCGGGGAACAGGUUGGAUGGAAAAAAGAAGGGAGUUGAUCCAAGCCCGUCUCCAAUUAAACCAGGAGAUAUUCGACGGGGCAUUCCGAAUUACGAGUUCAAAAUUGGCAAGAUCACAUUCAUUCGAAAUUCCCGGCCGCUGGUCAAGAAAAUAGAAGAGGAUGAUGCUGGCACUCGCUUUAUCGCGUUUUCCGGAGAAGGUCAGUCCCUUCGCAAGAAAGGCCGAAAACCCUGAACUCUUAACGCUGGGACGACAAUAAAAUAAUCUUGUAGCCUU